AUGAAUCAAGAACAUGCCGCUCCGUCCGCUCGCAUAUAUCAAAUACGAAGACCUGAUCACAUCAUAGUCUUCAACUCCUCCGACCUCGAAGGUCCAGAUGAAGACCAUGUCGAUGCAUUGGUAGUAACAACAACGGUGGUCAACUUCUUGGUCAAGAAGAUAUUAGUGGACGGUGGAAGCUCAGCUGACAUCAUGUACCUCCACGCUUUUAAGCAACUGGGCAUAGAUAAUGCCCGGUUCAAUCCCGUCUCCACACCCCUGAAAGGAUUCACAGGAGAAGGCAUUUUGUCCAUGGGAGAAGUGGAGCUGCCUGUUUCUUUAGGGGAAGACCCCUGUCGAAUCACGAAACUAAUCAAGUUCCCUCGUCGUCGACAGACCAUCACCCUACAACAUCAUUCUGGGGAGGCCAGCCAUCCACACAUUCAAGUCAGUACCUUCCUCCUACCAUCAGAAGUGGAAGUUCCCUACUCCCUAUGGAAUGGGAGAAAUCCUGGGACGGAGCAGCAGCUAAUCAACUUCCUGCGACACAAUGGAGAUGUGUUCGCAUGGAAAGCCCAAGAUUUGUCGGGCAUUCCCCCUCAGGUAGCCCUACAUCGGCUUAACGUCGACAAGAGGAUGAAGCCAGUCAAACAGAGAAAACGAACGUUUGGACCCGAACGCAACAAGCAUAUCAAGGCAGAAGUGGCUAAACUUCUAGAGGCGGGUCAUAUACGACCAGUUCAGUAUCCUGAAUGGUUGUCGAACGUAGUGCUCGUUCCCAAACCCGGUGGCAAGUGGAGAUUAUGCGUAGAUUUCACUGACCUCAACAAAGCCUGUCCUAAGGACCCAUUUCCUCUACCCAGAAUCGAUCAGCUCAUCGAUUCGACCUCGGGGUGCGAACUCCUCAACUUCCUCGAUGCAUACCAAGGAUAUAACCAGAUCUUACUUGCACCAGAAGAUCAAGAGAGGGCUAGUUUCAUCACUGACCAAGGCAUCUACUGCUAUCAAGUCAUGCCCUUCGGGUUAAAAAACGCAGGAGCCAGCGUCUAG